AAAGAAAACGAAGUUCCCAACCUAGAUUUCGAGAGCUUUUUGGUGAAGCCUUUUAAAGACAUACAGAACCAACGAAAAAUUCUUUUCUCCCACUCGGUGCUUGUGAUCAGCAGAGAUUCGAAGGCCUCAACGCGAAAGUCCACUGAAAGAACGCAAACCGUUAAAGGCCUGGGAUACGAGCGUACGAUCUCCGUCAUUGUUCCAAAAGCUUUAAUAAAUAAAAGAACAAAGUUCCACAACAACUAUCAGAUCCACCAGGAACCUGUUGUUCGACAGCCAUCUGACGGUUGUUUAUCGCAAGCGCUUUCUAGGGUUUUUUCCGUGCUUCAGUUGAGCAAUAAAGCUGGAGAGGUUACGAGGAGACCAGCAAAUCAAUAGGUUUAGUAGUAAUAAACAACAGCUAGGAAUGUCCAAGCAGGGUAAUAAUAGUAAUGCUGCUGCAAAUAUUGAUCCGCUCCCUGCUUCGAGGUAUCCUGGUGUAACACGUGGCGGCCAUAUGGGAGGCGGCCAGCAUGGAGGCGCCGCUAGUAAUAAUGCGUCAGUGCAGUCUUAUGGUGGGCAUCUUAGCGCAGGCGGUCGGCCCAUGGGACCGAGGCCGCUCAACAUGGGGCAGUCUGCGCCCAUUCUAGGGCAGAAGAGGGAUAGUAGCGGGUUUUCAGUCGGUGGAGGCCCGAAUUAUAGCCCUCGACAUGGUGGUGGUUCGCAAGAUUCAGGAGAUUCCGGGAAUUUUGCAAAACUUUUCGUGGGGUCUGUGCCCAGGACAGUAACAGAAGAAGAUAUACAUCCCCUAUUUGCUGAACAUGGAAAUGUGCUCGAAGUUGCUUUGAUCAAGGAUAAGAGAACUGGCCAGCAACAAGGAUGUUGUUUUAUUAAGUAUGCAACUGUUGAGGAAGCAGACAGAGCCAUAAGAGCUUUACAUAAUCAGCGCACGUUACCUGGGGGCUUAGGUCCAAUACAAGUUAGAUAUGCUGAUGGAGAGCGUGAACGUCUUGGUACAGUGGAGUACAAAUUAUUUGUUGGUUCGCUAAAUAAACAGGCCUCAGAAAAGGAAAUUGAAGAGAUUUUUGCUCCAUAUGGGCGUGUUGAUGAUGUCUAUAUUAUGAGAGAUGAACAAAAGCAGAGCAGAGGAUGUGCUUUUGUUAAAUAUCCUUCUAGGGAAAUGGCUACGGAAGCCAUGAAUGGAUUGAGUGGGAAAUUUACCAUGAAGGGUUGUGAUCAGCCUUUGACUGUACGUUUUGCUGAUCCUAAAAGACCCAAAACAGCUGAUAUGAGACCUGCUUAUGGAGGCCCUGGAUUUAGUUCUCGACCACAGGGACAGCUGGGGGUCAGGCCUAGUUCUGGUUCAGGAGGGCACAUGGGAGGGCGCGGUCCUCCUACAAAUUGGCGGCCUAUGGUUACACCUAAUAUGGGAACAUCAUCACAUGUUGGAACCCGUUCCUAUGGAAGCCCACUGACUCCUAGGGGAAGUGCGGCUGGGGCUGCUUCAGCAAUGGGUGGAACAAUUGCUGGCCCUGGUGGCCCUAUUAAUGGUUCUGCAAUGGUUUCUGGAAUUGGAACUCCACCCUCUCAGCAUCAGAGUUUCAAUCAACCUCUUGCUCAGCAGCAAAUUCAGGCUUAUGGGCAACAACCAACACCACUGCAGAAAGCCCCUCAAUUACAGCAGCAGUUGCCACAUUCUAUGCAGCACCAACAACAACCACCUCCACAGUCUUACUCUCAAGUGCAACAAUCACCGCAGUCUCUGCAACAGUUUGGACAACAUUCUCAAUCAUCUCAGCCAAAUGUGCAACAUCCUUCUCUUGGUCAGUUGCCAUCGUCACAACAGUCAUUGCCAUUAUAUUCUCAGCUACCUGUCUCCCAGCCUCAGGUGCAGCCACAUAUAGCUCCUGCACUGCAGCAGCUUCCUUCUAGUUUACAACAGCAACAACAUUUGCCAAUAGCUGCUCUUCAGCAGCAGCAGAUGCCACAGACACAACCACAGCUUCAACUACAGGCACAUCAACAGUCACAGCCACAGCUUCAACUACAGGCACAGCAACAACAGAUGCAGACACAGCCACAGCUGCAGACUCAGACACAGCCACAGCAACAGCAACAACCACAGCCACAGUCCCAGCAACAGAAUCUGCCUAUAUCCUUGCAACAGCAAGGCCAUUCUACUCAGUCUGGUUUUCCUUCUCAGCAAUAUCCUUAUUUACAACAACAGCAUCAGAUGCAUAUAAUGCAACCUGUGGCACAAUCCCAGCAACAACAGCAACCUAUACAAGCACAAAAGCAACAGACCUAUUAUCAGGUGGCUUCAGCUCAUUCUGUGCAACAAGAGCAGCCUUCAUGGGUGCUUCCUAAUCAAUCUCAGACGGCAGUUACUACUGCAAUUGUCAGUGCUCCGCUAGCAUCAUCAGCACUAAUGGCUACCUCUGCCGUGGCUACUGUGAGUGCUCCAAAUUCUGCUCCUGCAACUUGUAACUGGACAGAACAUACUUCUCCAGAGGGUUACAAGUAUUAUUACAACAGUGUAACUGGAGAGAGCAAGUGGGAGAAACCUGAGGAAUAUGCAGUAUUUGAGAAACAACAGCAACAGCAGCAGCCACAGCCAGUGCCUCAACAAUCACAGACCCAGGUGCAAGCUCAACCUCAGGUGCAACCUCAAUCAAUCAAUCAAGUACAGCAGCUGCAACACCAGACUCAGCAGCAGCAGCAGCAGCAGCAGCAACAAGCACAACUUCAGCAACCGACAUUGACAACACCGUAUUCUGGAUCUUCAAUGCUUGCACAACGACCAGUUCAGAACAUUGGCUAUGGUCUACAAGGAGUCAAUGCUAAUCUUGAUGCAUCCCGCCAUCAAGUGCAACAGCAGUCAGGUGUGCCAAGAAUGCAGGAUUUUAUGUGGAAACCUAAGGCUGCAGGAUCGUGAGAUUUUGUGCCUGGAUGAAGCAAGAGGUUGUCAUUUUCAAAUCUUCUCGAAAAGGUUAGCUGAAUUGAGGCAUAAUGUAGCAGCAUUUGGAAAAAAUGUCAUACAUUGCAGUGCUGAAGUGGUCACAUACAAAUUUCUUGUUUGAUGUAUGACAUGGAAAAUACCAAUAUUUAGUUGCUAGCUACUAAAAUUUUUGGUAGCUUUGAAGUGAGGGUGUGCACCGGCAUUGAAUGAGGCAAUGUUCAAAGAGAACCAGCUGACCAAGCUGCCUUGUAUUUUUAUCCAAUUUAGAUAGCUUAAUGCUUUGUUUGAUCUCUUUUAUGAGAGUAGUGUCGGAGAAGCAAUUAGCAUUUAAUUCUGAUAAGUCUUUAUCUAUGAAUAAUUUAUGGCUUAUUUGAAUUUGAUUUUCUAUUUAUUUAUUUUUAACUUUUCGCCAAAUGGAGAUAGUGAGGAAAAAACAUUUUUGUUACGAGUUUGUGAGGUAUUAUGGGAACAUGUUUAAGUUAAUAUUCAUGUAGUUUAACUAUGUGUU